UCUGCCUUCCGCCUGACGCCACCGCGCUGUACUAUCUCCGCUGCAACGCUCGGAAAGACUCAAAUCAUCACCAUCAUUAGCACUAGUCUAGUCGGCACUGCCACCGAUUCCUGCCCAUCUUCCCCAGAACUCUCUACGCGAUCUCACCCACCGAUUCCCCCCCCACCUCCCAUAUCUCACCGCCUCGUUGCGCGAGAGCACAGGAGGAGAGGGAGCGAUGGUGGGGAACGACUGGAUCAACAGCUACCUGGAGGCCAUCCUCGACGCGGGCGGCGCCGCGGGGGACAUCUCGGCCGCAUCGGUGGCCGGAGGCGGCGAUGGGCCGGGCGCUGGAGGCGCCGACGGGGAGAAGCGGGACAAGUCGUCGCUCAUGCUCCGGGAGCGCGGCCGGUUCAACCCCGCGCGCUACUUCGUCGAGGAGGUCAUCUCCGGCUUCGACGAGACCGACCUCUACAAGACCUGGGUCCGCACGUCGGCGAUGAGGAGUCCGCAGGAGAGGAAUACGCGGCUGGAGAACAUGUCGUGGAGGAUCUGGAACCUUGCCAGGAAGAAGAAGCAGAUUGAAGGCGAGGAAGCCUCCCGUUCAUCAAAGAAACGUCUUGAGCGCGAGAAGGCUCGUCGAGAUGCUGCUGCUGAUUUGUCUGAAGACCUAUCUGAGGGAGAAAAGGGAGAAAACAUUCAUGAAUCAUCUAUUCACGAUGAGAGCACAAGGGGACGAAUGCCAAGGAUAGGUUCGACUGAUGCUAUUGAGGUGUGGGCAAAUCAGCACAAAGAUAAAAAACUGUAUAUAGUGCUGAUAAGCAUUCAUGGUCUUAUACGUGGUGAGAAUAUGGAGCUUGGGCGUGAUUCAGAUACAGGUGGUCAGGUCAAAUAUGUUGUAGAGCUUGCUAGGGCAUUAGGUGAAACACCUGGAGUGUAUAGAGUGGAUCUGCUGACAAGGCAGAUUUCUGCACCUGAUGUUGAUUGGAGUUAUGGGGAACCUACAGAGAUGCUGAGUCCAAGAAAUUCUGAGAACCUUGGAGAUGACAUGGGUGAAAGUAGUGGUGCUUAUAUUGUCAGGAUACCAUUUGGACCAAGAGAUAAGUAUAUCCCUAAAGAGCAUCUCUGGCCCCACAUCCAGGAAUUUGUUGAUGGUGCGCUUGUCCAUAUCAUGCAGAUGUCGAAGGUUCUUGGAGAACAAGUUGGUAGUGGACAACCAGUAUGGCCAGUCGUUAUCCAUGGGCACUAUGCGGAUGCUGGCGAUUCUGCUGCUUUACUAUCUGGGGCACUCAAUGUCCCGAUGGUAUUUACAGGACAUUCUCUUGGCAGAGACAAAUUAGAGCAACUUUUGAAACAAGGGCGUCAAACAAGGGACGAAGUGGAUGCAACAUACAAAAUAAUGCGUCGGAUUGAGGCUGAGGAACUAUGUCUUGAUGCAUCUGAAAUUAUAAUCACAAGCACUAGGCAAGAGAUAGAAAAACAAUGGGGAUUGUAUAACGGUUUUGAUUUAACUAUGGCAAAGAAGCUUAGAGCAAGAAUGAAGCGCGGUGUGAGCUGCUAUGGUCGAUACAUGCCUCGUAUGAUUGCAAUUCCUCCAGGAAUGGAGUUUGGACAUAUAGUGCCCCAUGAUGUUGAUCUGGAUGGUGAAGAAGGCAAUGAAAUUGGAUCAGGUUCACCGGAUCCACCUAUUUGGACUGAUAUAAUGCGCUUCUUCUCAAACCCUCGAAAGCCCAUGAUUCUCGCUCUUGCUCGUCCAGAUCCCAAGAAGAAUAUCACUACACUUGUGAAGGCAUUUGGUGAACACCAUGAAUUGAGAAAUUUAGCUAACCUUACACUGAUUAUGGGUAACCGUGAUGUUAUUGAUGAAAUGUCAAGCACAAAUGGAGCUGUUUUGACAUCAGUACUCAAGUUGAUUGACAAAUACGAUCUAUAUGGUCAAGUGGCAUACCCCAAGCACCAUAAGCAAUCUGAUGUCCCAGAUAUUUACCGUUUGGCAGCAAGAACCAAGGGGGUGUUUAUUAACCCAGCUUAUAUUGAACCAUUUGGACUCACCUUGAUCGAGGCUGCUGCUUAUGGUCUACCGAUGGUUGCUACACAAAAUGGUGGACCUGUAGACAUACAUCGGGUUCUUGACAAUGGUAUUCUUGUUGAUCCCCACAAUCAAAAUGAUAUAGCUGAGGCACUUUAUAAGCUUGUUUCUGAUAAGCAUUUGUGGGCAAAAUGCCGUGAGAAUGGUCUGCAAAAUAUCCAUAGAUUUUCUUGGCCAGAACAUUGCAAGAACUAUUUGUCACGGGUUGGUACACUUAAGCCUAGACACCCAAGAUGGCAAAGGAGUGAUGAUGCUACUGAAAUUUCUGAAGCAGAUUCACCUGGCGACUCUUUGAGGGAUCUUCAUGAUAUAUCUCUUAACUUGAAGAUUUCCUUAGACAGUGAAAAAUCAAGCACCAAGAGAAACCUUGAGGAUGCUCUACUAAAAUUUUCAAAAGGUGUUAGUGCCAGCACAAAGGAUGAGUCUGGUGAGAAUGCUGAGGCUACCACAGGUUCCAAUAAAUGGCCAUCUCUGCGAAGGAGAAAACACAUUGUUGUGAUAGCUGUAGAUUCUGUGCAAGAUGCAGACUUAGUUCAGAUUAUAAAAAACAUUUUUGAGGCUUCAAGCAAAGAAAGACUGUCCGGUGAUGUUGGUUUUGUAUUGUCAACAUCUCGAGCCGUAUCAGAGAUACAUCCUUUGUUAACAUCUGGGGGCAUAGAAACUACUGAUUUUGAUGCCUUCAUAUGCAGCAGUGGCAGUGAUCUUUGCUAUCCGUCUGCAAGUUCUGAAGACAUGCUUAGCCCUUCCGAGCUUCCAUUUAUGAUUGAUCUUGAUUAUCACUCUCAAAUUGAAUAUCGCUGGGGAGGAGAAGGUUUAAGGAAGACACUAAUUCGUUGGGCAGCAGAAAAGAACAGUGAGAGUGGACAAAAAGUCGUCGUUGAAGAUGAAGAAUGUUCGUCAACUUACUGCAUUUCAUUUAAAGUGAAGAAUUCUGAGGCUGUCCCUCCGGUGAAAGACCUUAGAAAGACAAUGAGAAUUCAAGCUCUACGCUGUCAUGUUUUGUACAGCCAUGAUGGUAGCAAAUUGAAUCUUAUUCCUGUCCUAGCAUCACGAUCACAAGCACUAAGGUACUUGUAUAUAAGAUGGGGGGUGGAACUGUCAAACAUGACAGUGGUUGUUGGUGAAAGUGGUGAUACAGAUUAUGAUGGACUACUUGGAGGCGUACACAAGACCAUCAUACUGAAAGGCUCAUUUAAUGCUGCUCCAAACCAACUUCAUGCGGCCAGAGGCUAUUCAUUAGAGGAUGUUGUAUCGUUUGAUAAACCAGGAAUUUCUUCAGUUGAGGGAUAUCUCCCAGAUGACCUAAAAUCAGCUCUACAACAAUUUGGUGUACUGAAAGACUAAAAUAUUAAACUUGCCAGUCCACGGCAGAGUUAAGUUAGAUGGAGUCGAGUGCGGCCCGCUGUGUACAACUUCUCAAAUGGUGGGAAAUAAGAGGUUUGCCUUCUGCAGCUGAAGAAUGAGAGGCAAGCGAACAAACUUGAGGCAUUUUUUUGUCCAAUUCUGUAAUUACAUCGCAAUAAGAUGUAUACAGACAUGCAUCACGUGCCGGAACAUUCUUAUGAAGCUUUAUGGAAAUCGUGAUUUCACCCGAUCAUGCAUGCUAUGUAAUUCCUCGCAAAAAGGAUAGUGACGAGAAAAUAUAAAUUGAAUGCUCGGCGACGCUUUGCCCUGCCCCGAA